AUGAUUGCAUCGGUCAAGCGGAAACUUCUUGUCAAGCCUAAAUGUAUUCAGCAGAAUAUUCAGCCACCGUCAGAAAGUCUGACCCAUGUACCAUGGUCUCUUUCGUAUGGUGCUGUUGGGAGCCAUGACCCCAGCAGCGGCCAGGAAGCAGUGAAGAGUGGUAGUUGUGCUUUUCUGGAAGCAUCCUACUUGGAUCUUCGACGGCAACAAAACCAACAGUGGGCGGAAGACCGUUUAGUAGAAGGGGUCGCUUAUGCAUCCAACCGUGCGACUUUUUACCAAGCCGAAGAAUCCUUCAAAAAGGGCUUGGAAGUGGUUCCUGAUCACAGCGAACUCCGGAAGGCAUAUAGGAAAUUGUUAGCCAAGAGGGGUCAAAUAGACGGGACGGCAGACGUUUUUCUGAGAACAGGGCAUGGAUCAGAUCAGAGUGCAAUCAACGGCAAUUUUGGCAUUGCCAAGGUACCGGUAGCCUCCAAUGACACUAACAGCAAUGAUGCAUCCGAAAAAGACCACACAACAGACGGUGACAGCAAAGACGCACGCGACAAUUCUAAAAAAUGUCACGAGGAGAAACCAAAGAUUGAGGGGGAAACGAAAGACUUUAACGGGGACAAGAGGACGAGUUUCGACACAGGGAAACAUCAAGAGAAUGACGCAGUAGGCAACAAUGAAGCUGGGGUUGAAACUCUGGGUGAAAAUAACGUGGACAGGGACAAUGAUGACAAUGAUACCUCAAGUGAUUCGGAGGAACGGCGACGCAAGCGCCGCAAACGAAAGAAAAAGAAGAAAAAGAAAAGAGUCGCAAACGCUCCAGGAGAGACAAGGUUGAUGAGUGAUCGCACUUUUCGAUGA